AGCCUGUUCACAAUGAGGAGGGGGCCUUGGCGAGCUACACAAACACGCAUGCGUCUCUGCGCCCGGUUGCUUUGCUCUUCAUUUUCCAGUCUAGUGCGGCGGCAGGAGGAGAAAGAAGAAACGGCGGCAGGAAAACGAUGUUGGCGACAACAGCAGCAGCCUAGCCGCGGAAGAAGCCAAGCCAAGACGGGCUAACGAGAGGCUAAACCAGAGAAACUAAGGCGGAGUAGUAGCAGGAGUAACAACCCAGCAACAAGCGCCGCACCCAGCUUCGUUGGGCUGUCUCCUGACGCCGUGGAGCGUCAGCCUGCUUGGGUAGCCGGGCUGUGGCGUUCGGACAUCCCCCAGUCCUCGCCGCCGACUCCUCCUCCAGCCGCUGCAGGAAAAUCCCGGUCACCUCCCUCCAGACUCGGGCUCCUUCUCCCGCCCCCUCUGCGUUUGGGGGAUUGGGCAGAGCAGGAAUAUCUGAGGCUCGUCGGAAAGGUUCUUUAAAUAUAAAUAUCUAUCUAGGUCUGUCAGUGGAAUCUCCAAACUUGUCAUUUUUUGUAUUGUUUUUAAAUUGGAGAAAGAAUCGAAACGGAGAAGAGGACACUCGGGCUUGUUCCACAUUCCUAUGCAGAGGAAAAAAGAGGUGGAGAGUGGGGGGGAUUUCUCCCGAUAAACACAGCUGAGUUCAUUGCAUCCUCUCCAUCCUUAGCUGCUACAGUUUUCUCUAAAAAAAUUAGCAUGUUAUCGGGGUUUGUUUGUUUUUUGACAUAAAUAUAUAUAUAUAUGUAUAUAUAUAGAGAGAGAAUUGCCUGUAGAAGGAGAAUCAUGUAAACAGAAUUUACAUUAUAUAUAUUUAUAUUCUAAAAAGCAGCUCUUGGCCGGGUGGGGGGAGGGAAGAAAAAUGGGGGAUGCUGCAGACGUCAAGGAAAUGAGAAAGACGUUCAUUGUCCCUGCCAUCAAACCUUUUGAUCACUACGACUUCGCCAGAGCGAAAAUCGCCUGUAAUCUAGCGUGGCUGGUGGCCAAAGCCUUUGGGACAGAAAAUGUACCAGAGGAGCUUCGAGAACCAUUUUAUACAGAUCAGUAUGACCAGGAACACAUUAAACCUCCUGUUGUUAAUUUGCUGCUCUCUGCUGAGCUCUACUGUCGUGCUGGGAGUCUUAUUCUCAAGAGUGAUGCUGCCAAACCACUCCUGGGUCAUGAUGCCGUUAUCCAAGCCUUGGCUCAAAAAGGCCUUUACGUCACUGACCAAGAGAAACUGGUAACGGAGAGAGACUUGCACAAGAAACCUAUUCAGAUGUUUAGAGAAGCAGUGAACGUUCUUGAAGCUCCUUGCAUGCCAUGUACAGGUUGGCAAAUGUGGAAUACUGAAAGGCCAAAUGAGCAGAGUGCUCAUUUGGCUAUGAUGGACACCUUGAUGAUGGCCUAUACCGUAGAAAUGGUUAGCGUGGAGAAGGUGAUUGCAUGUGUACAGCAGUAUUCAUCCUUCUUUCAAGCCACUGACCUGCCCUAUGAUAUCGAAGACGCUGUCAUGUUCUGGAUAAACAAGGUAAACGAUCACCUAAAAGAUAUCAUGGAGCAGGAGCAAAAACUAAAAGAGCACCAUGGUGUAGAAACUCCAGGAGGUCAAAAGUCUCCUUCCAAAUGGUUUUGGAAACUGGUUCCUGCUCGUUACAGGAAAGAGCAAACCUUGCUUAAGCAGUUGCCCUGCAUUCCAUUGGUGGAAAAUCUGCUGAAGGAUGGCACAGAUGGCUGUGCUUUAGCUGCCCUUAUCCAUUUUUACUGCCCAGAUAUAGUCAGACUAGAGGAUAUUUGUUUGAAGGAGACCAUGUCCUUGGCUGACAGCUUAUAUAAUCUGCAACUGAUACAGGAAUUUUGUCAAGAGUACUUGAACCGAAGUUGCCAUUUUACGCUUGAGGAUAUGCUCUAUGCCGCUUCUUCAAUAAAGAGUAACUAUUUGGUGUUCAUGGCAGAGCUCUUCUGGUGGUUUGAAGUAGUGAAGCCAUCGUUUGUCCAGCCUCGAACUGUACUUCACCCUCAAGCUGAACCUUCAAAAGAAGCAUCCUGUGUUCCUACUUCAAAUACCAAUAGAAGAAACUAUCCAGAAACUUCACAUGAUUCUGAUCUGAUAGCUAGUGUGGAGAGUUCAGCUUUUGCACCAUCUCAUCAGAUUCCACCUCCAAGCCGCAAUCACCAUCAGCCUUAUUCAUCUGUUCCAGGCAACAUUAGAAGAUCUACAUCUAUGUCAUACAUGGAUGGAUAUGUGGGAACAUGGCCCAAAGAGAAGAGAUCUUCAGUGCAUGGAGUUUCAUUUGACAUCUCUUUCGAUAAAGAGGACAGCAGCCAUACGACAACUCCAAACAGAGGAAUCACUAGAUCUCUUAGUAAUGAAGGUCUUGCACAAAAUACUAACCGUAUGCCCAGAAACAUUAGAAAAAACCUGUCCUUCAAGCCUGUGAAUGGAGAAGAGGAAAGUGAAGAUAUCGAAGAAGAAAAGGAUAUAGAACUGUGCAGUGAUGUAGAGGUCAAUAGCAAUCAAAGGAAUGCUAAUCAAAUUAGCCCAUAUAAUCUCCCAAAUGGAGCACUUCAAAACAGGUUGGUUACCGAUGAAUUUGGCAAUCAGAUUGAGACACCAAGCAUUGAGCAGGCUUUGCAGAUUAUCCAUGAUACUGAUGAAUCUCCAAGUGUUACUCAGCCAGAGCAAAUUACGAAUGGGUUUUUCCUUCACAACAAGGAGAUGAGCAUCCUGAAUUCAAAUAUCAGAUCUGAUCAGUGCAGCCCUGAUAUUAUUGCAGACACAAAAGGUGCCCUCAGUCCCAUGACUGAUGAUACGGAAGUCGAUACUGGAAUACAUGUCCCUUCAGACAUUCCAGAGACUCUGGAUGAGGAUUCUACCUUGAGGGAUUAUACUGUAAGCCUGGACUCAGAUAUGGAAGAACCAUCUCGAUUUUUGCAUGAAUAUGAUAGCAGAGGUGUCAACCAUAAGGAGCAGUUAAGUCCUUGUCCAAGCUCAAUAAGUGCCAAAUCACAAGCAGGCAGUAGUGCUUCUUCAAGUUCAGGAGUUAAAAUGACUAGCUUUGCAGAGCAGAAAUUUAAGAAGCUGAAUCAUACAGACAGCAGAAGCAGCGGAAGUAGUUCUCAAAAAACAACCCCAGAAGGCUCUGAGUUUAACAUUCCUCAUAUUGUUUCUUGGGCUCAAAUACCUGAGGAGUCUCCUCUCCCUCAGGGAAAAGAUACUACACAGUUGCUGGCCUCUGAAAUGGUUCAACUGAAGAUGAAGCUGGAAGAGAAGAGGCGAGCAAUUGAAGCGCAGAAGAAGAAGGUUGAGGCUGCUUUCACAAAGCAGAGACAAAAAAUGGGCAGGACAGCAUUCCUUAACGUUGUGAAAAGAAAAAGUGAUGGAAUUUCUCCACUUAGAGAAGAAGCAGCUGGAGCAGAGGAUGAGAAAGUGUUCACUGAUAGCAACAGGCUGAAAGAGAAAGAAAUGCAAAAGCCAGGUGAGCAACUAAACAAAGCUUCAGAGAUUAUAAAAGCAAGCACUGGAAGUCCUCCAGCCAAGUGGCUGAAGUCUCCAAACACCCCAGUUGAUACUGAAAAGCAGUGUAAUUUGAUAAGUCCUUCAGAAGAGAAUUUGAAUGAGGGUGAGCUUUUGGAGUAUACAAAAUCUAUCGAGAAGCUCAAUUCUUCUCUACAUUUCCUGCAGCAGGAAAUGCAACGGCUGUCACUUCAGCAAGAGAUGCUAAUGCAGAUGAGGGAGCAGCAGGCUUGGGUUAUUUCACCACCUCAGCCUUCUCCUCAGAAACAAAUUCGAGAGCUCAAGUCCUCACUGAGGCCUACUGGAUCAUCGUCUCCUGUUGCCUCAUUUCCCCUGGAAUCUCCUCGACCUUCCCACCAGUCCCCACAGUCCUCUUCUAGGAAGAAUUCCUCACUCCCCAGCAAAAUACAAAGGACUCCUAGGCCAAAUGAACUGAAAAUCACACCUUUGAAUCGCACUUUGACUGCUCCAAGAUCUGUAGAUAGUCUUCCUCGUUUGAGAAGAUUCUCUCCAAGUCAGGUACCGAUUCAGACUAGAUCAUUUGUUUGUUUUGGAGAUGAUGGUGAGCAUAUGUGUGAACCUCACUUGACAGGAAACCUUUUGAAAGAAGUUAAAAAUACAACAGAAGAGACUGACAAACAAGAAGCAGGUGAAAAAGAAGCAGAGCAGAAAGGAAUAGAAGAGGUAGUUGAACAAAAGUUAGAGGAACAACAAAUGAGACCUCUGGAAUCAACAGUAUCGGAAGUGCUAUCACAGCCUGUUACUGAAACGGUCUGCCUUACUCCAAGUGAUGAGCUGCUGAACCCACCAGUUUUGCCACCACCUCCGUCUAAAACUGCUAACCUCAUAGAAGUUUCCCUCUCCAAUCUGAAGCCAUCAGAAAAGUUAGAAGAGCCUACUGAAAAAUCAGAGGGUGAGAGUGACAAAGAACAACUGGAGGAUGACCAAAAAGUGUGUUGUGGCUUUUUUUUUAAGGAUGAUCAAAAGGCUGAAAAUGAUAUGGCAGUGAAACGGGCAGCAUUAUUGGAGAAGCGGUUGAGAAGGGAAAGAGAAACCUUACUUCGAAAGCAGCAGCAAGAAGCAGAGUUGGAACAUAAGAAAGAAGAAACAAAGAGGAAGUCUGAAGAAGAACGUCAGAAGAAAGAAGAUGAGAGAGCACGACGAGACUUCAUUAAACAAGAAUAUAUGAGGAGGAAGCAGCUAAAACUCAUGGAAGAUAUGGAUAUUGUCAUAAAGCACCGCCCCCAUUCCAUGAAACAAAAAAAGCCACGCCCCAAAUCUGUUCAUAGGGAUCAUAUUGAGUCACCUAAAACUCCAAUCAAAGGUCCUCCAGUAUCUAGUCUUUCACUGGCAUCCCUAAACACAGGAGACAAUGACAGUGUGCAGUCAGGAAAGAGAACACCAAGGUCUGAAUCAGUGGAAGGAUUCUUAUCCCCAAGCCGUUGUGGUAGUCGUAAUGGGGAAAAGGAUUGGGAAAAUGCAUCUACAACUUCUUCAGUGGCUUCUGCUACAGAAUAUACAGGACCAAAGCUCUACAAAGAACCCAGUGCAAAAUCCAAUAAGCAUAUUAUCCAAAAUGCUCUGGCUCAUUGUUGCUUGGCUGGAAAAGUAAAUGAAGGUCAGAAGAACAGAAUAUUAGAGGAAAUGGAGAAAUCGGAUGCCAACAACUUCCUAAUCCUCUUCCGGGACUCAGGCUGCCAGUUCCGAUCUUUGUAUACAUACUGCCCUGAAACGGAAGAAAUCAGUAAAUUGACUGGGAUAGGCCCCAAGUCCAUCAGCAAAAAAAUGAUUGAGGGGCUCUAUAAGUACAACUCUGACAGGAAGCAAUUCAGCCACAUACCUGCUAAAACACUUUCUGCCAGUGUUGAUGCAAUUACCAUUCACAGCCAUUUGUGGCAGAGCAAGAGACCCGUAACGCCGAAAAAACUCUUACCUGCAAAGGCAUAGUAAGUUUGGGUGGCUAUCUUGCUACAGUCAGUCAUGGCGAACUUGCACUUCACAUUUGCUGCCUGUUAGAAAAUAGCUUUCUAUUUGCCAAUAAGACUUGUUUGAACUCCAAUCUGAAGACCAAGCUCUGUCGUCAGGCACAACUGGAAUGUAAACACAGUAUUGAAGACUUAAAGAAAACUGACACUUAGAUUAUUAUGCAUUCAUGUGCUCAUGAAAGAUUGAGUCACGAGUGGAGAUGAGUAUGUGCUUACACACAGUUUAUAGGAUUCAUUUUCUCUUUGUUUUAAAACACUGAAUUACUGAAUGUUUGCAAAUCUGUAGUGACUGAAAUAUUUUUUUUUUUACAUUUAUUGCCUUAUACUUUGUGUUAUGCUUGUUCCAGAAUCUGCUUUUGCUCUUUCGAUCUUUACUGGAUAAAUUUUCGAUCUUGAUUUACCACACUGUUACAUUUUUAGUGACCUGUAGCUAAAACAGAGCAUAAGCCUCUUUGCAAUGAAAUGGAAUUAACCAUUCAUUUGACUUUCAUUCAUUUCAAAGGAUUUUGCACAGGAAAUGUUCCUGGCAUUAAAUGUUGCUAGCAUGUCUUAAACUCUGGCAAGGAAAUGUGAUGUAUGUAUAGUUCCAUAAGAAAACUUAUUUUCUAAAGGGAUUGACAAGACAUUUUAAAAAUCCGCCAUAGCCCUGGUCCAGAGAAGUGUGCCAUGAGAUUCAUGUAUGCACUUAUGCCUUCUCCAUGAUUUUUACCCCUUCUUCAUUUGAAUGGGAUUCUACCCACAGCUUAGUCCCAAUUGCUAUUUAGAAGGUAGUUUGGGAUUCAGCACAGUUCAAGUGGGAGGUGGGAGAGUAAAACAUCAUCAGUGGAUAUGUGCAAGCCAAAUCACAUGUUUAAGGUGGCUUCUGGAAUCAGGGUCCAUGUGUUGUUCUGUUUCAGGAUUCUAAACAAAGCAGUAUUAAAGCUAGACAUUUUUGGACAAGUCCUUUUUGAGAAACUUUUAAAAAGUGUCUGUAGAUGCUUACCAUAUAAAAGCUAUUCUGGUGUCAACAGGGACUUUUACACACAGCAGGCUUUACUGUGAGUUUAAGGGGAGGCUUUACUGCAAACUCAAAGUUGUCCCAUAAAACCAACACCAAUAGUGGAUUUUUUUACCCUGCAUGUAAAUGGGGCUACAGUCUAACAUGCAGUGAAAAACCAGAAUUGUGUGUGAACUGCUCCUCAAUAACUCGCAGGGACUUUGGGGUAAAUCUGCCCAAUAUAUGAAUUGCAGGCCCUCCAUUCUGGAGGACAUGCGAGUUAAAGGGCUUUAAACCCAUGUGAAAAACUCCCAGACUACUACCCAGAGUAGACCAAAGUAAACUUUCUUCCAUGACACAUGAGAUAUGGAUUUCGUUUUAUUUGCUAUAAUUGAUUAGGAGACAUGACAGCUUGAGUGUAUAUGGCAAAGAACCACAAGUUUAUAGCAAUGUAACUGUUAUCAAAAUAUUGAUCGUGAUGUCUUUUCAGUAUUUACAAAGGGCUGCUAGUCUGAUUACUUCAUAAAAGUAAUUUGUUCAGUGGCCUGUUUUUUUAAAGAAUCCUUUUCAGUAUAAAAAGCACUCUUCUGGCAGGUGAAAAAUUUCAGACUUGAAAAUCUACCCUUAUUUUUGUUGUUGCUUGUUUGACCUUGUACACCAGAGGAUUUAGUUAGGGGUGAGACGGGAGCUAGGUGGAACUUCAUUCUCAGGAAAAGACUUGAAUUAUUGCUAAAUCUGUUCCGUUUCAGUGUUGUAACAAGUGUUGGACAGUAUUGAACUACCUGUCUAAAGUAUGUAUUUUAUUACGUCCUAAGAAAGAGAACUUAAAAUUCCACCCCCUUCCCCACUGAACUGUUUGAUUUGGAGAAGGAAUAUUUCACUACAAUCUGCUUGUGUUCUUUAUAUAGAAGAUGUACAGGAAUGAGAAGUCCUUAAAUAAUUUAGAGAACAGUACUUUUUUUUAAUUAUUAAAAGGCCUUAGGCAUCAAUGCAUUUGGGUUGUUUAUCAACACUUUCUCAGAAAUGCAGUCAAUAUUUUACUGUAACUUAUGUUGUUAUAUUUAUGUAUAUUUGUUAAAAUUGUAAAAAAAAAAACCCUCUUGUUUAAUAGGUAUGUGGCUUAAAUCUAUUUGUGGUUAGCUGAUUCCUACUGUUUGCAUGUAUAUGAACUAGGAUAUCUAACCCAUCUUCUAUUUCAAAUGUAAACAUAUUUUGUAUAUAUUAUAUAUAUAUUGAAAAUAGAAGAUAAAAGGUCUAUACAUUCUACCUGCUAGGCUCAUCCACCAACAAAUGGUGUGGGGGAAAUCUGUUAUGUACCCAUGUAAAUGUACAUCUAAGUUAAAACUAGCUCAAGUGGAUCUUUGGAGGAGAGCUGCUAGAGACAAUUUUACAUAGGAGAUCACACAGAAGGAUUUUUAUCUAAACUAUUCUUGCUAAAAGAGGUGUAAGUUAGACAUGCACCACUUACUGAUUCAUGCACACCUUAUUUAAACAGGAUGACCUCUAAAAUGUGACAAUAGAGGGUAUUAUUUUAUAUUAUUGAAUGUAUUAUGGAAUUUGUCUACAAUUCAGAAACAAGUUUGUGCAAUGUCUAGAAUGUGAAUAAUACAAUUAAAGUGUGAGGCUCUUGGAAAUAACAUUUUACUAAACAUUAGGAGAGUGAGGACAGAUUUUGUUUUCCUUUUAAAACUUACAGAUUUUCUAAUGACAGUAUAAUCUUCAUUAGGGAUCAUGUUUAGUAAAACAAAAGCUUUUCAUGAAAUCCAGUGUUUAUCAGUGACAUUAUUGGAACACACUGGUGCUUUUGUGGGGGGCAGGGAGUUGUUUUUAUUGUUUAUAUGACAGAAUUUGCCAAACAUCCUAAUUUUCAGGCCAGGUGUUUAAACUCUGACAGUCAUGGUGGCUACUGAAACCAUUUUUGGAUGACUGUUGGUGGUGUUUUUGUUUUUUUUUAAAUUCUUUGGCUGUUUAAAGCCAAAUUCUGUUUAUAAUUUAAUGGGCACAGUUAGUUGAGAAAUGUACAGUGUAUUGUGUGCUUACCUGUCCACUUUUGUGGAACAUUGCUACACUAUUUUUUCAGAGGCUGUGCUGUAAGAUAUUGUCAUAUUGCUACUUACCUAACACAGUGUAGUUCUUCCCUAAAUAAAAAAGCAUGGCACCAACA